CUGGAGAAGAUGUCCGAGCAGAUCUUGUCGAGAGAGUCGAAGUAUCAGUCAGACUGCAGUGUUGCAAGCAGAGACAACAUUGACAGGACAAGAGACAUCGUGGGGAAACACUACCAUGACCACAGCCACGCCAACGCGCAUCAGGUGCAGGAUAAAAUUGAUCAUCAACCCGACUACAACGACCUGCACCAGAUGUCCUGGUGCUCCCGGUCGUCAGAUGCCUCACAGAACGAGAUGGGGCUGACGAGCAACCCGGAGCAGAAGGUGGGGAUGGAGACACUGCGGCUGGAGCGGGGGGUGUCUUUCGAGGAAGAGGAGGUGGAGUUGAAGCAGACGCCAGCGGAGGAGCAGGCAGUCCUGCAGCAGCCCACCCAUGUGUGCGGGGUCUGCGGCUGCGGCAUCGAUGGCAUGCUAUGGGUUAUGGCGGGGAAUGAGCGGCACUGCUCUUUCAAGUGCGCGGGGAUAUCUGCCAUGCACGCAAUCAGGCAGGUGGAGUACGUGGACGGGAGGCUGGAUGGCGACAGCCCGAGCGUUCUGUUCAGAUCGCUGGACAUUGAAGAAUGAAGUGGGAGGAGGCAAGUCGUCAGGAUAUGAUCAGAUCCUCAGAUUUGAGCAUUCCGACGCUGCUGUCUCGCAUUCUUUCUUUUGUACUUUAUAUCUCUUCAAGAAAAAGGUUACGUCAC